CGGCCAGGAGGGGAAGUAAGUACCUUCUCAGAGCCGCGGACGGUCCUGCCCGCCGCGGCCCCCCCCCUCCCCCCGGAGGCUGAGAACAGUCUCUCCCAACCUGUCUCUCCUCGUGGCUUCCCAGAGACCCCGCAGUGGCUGCGUGCUCCGCCCCGAUUUCCAUGGAGACCCCUUGUACACAGCUUCCUCCAUCUACUCCACCUCAAGUGGGGCCGGCUGGCUGGACCAGCGCCCUGGGGCCCAUGAACAGCGGGUCCGCAGGAAGGCUGGCCGUGGGGAGAGUGAAAUUCUUCGGCCAGCACCGCGGGGAGGUCAACUCCUCAGCCUUCUCUCCCGACGGCCAGAGGCUGCUCACAGCCUCUGAGGAUGGCUAUGUGUACGGCUGGGAGACCCAGAGCGGGCGGCUGCUGUGGAGGCUGGGUGGCCAUGCAGGCCCCAUCAAGUUCUGCCGCUUCUCCCCUGAUGGCCACCUUUUUGCCACGACCUCUGGUGACUGUACCAUCCGCCUGUGGGAUGUAGCAGAAGCCAAGUGUCUGCAUGUCCUGAAGGGUCACCAGAGGAGCGUGGAGACGGUUAGCUUUAGCCCUGACUCAAAGCAGCUGGCAUCGGGUGGCUGGGACAAGCGGGUGGUGCUCUGGGAGGUGCAGUCUGGCCAGAUGCUGCGCCACUUAGGAGGGCACCGAGACUCUGUCCAGAGCAGUGACUUCGCACCCAGCUCAGACUGCCUGGCCACUGGCUCCUGGGACUCUGCUAUCUGCAUCUGGGACCUGCGGACGGGGACCCCAGUGACCUCCCACCAAGAGCUGGAGGGCCACAGUGGCAACAUCAGCUGCCUGUGCUACUCAGCAUCUGGCCUCCUGGCUUCCGGCUCCUGGGACAAGACCAUCCACAUCUGGAAGCCUUCCACCAGAAACCUGCUUGUUCAGCUCAAGGGCCAUGUCACCUGGGUGAAGAGCAUAGCUUUCUCCCCUGAUGGGUCACAGCUAGCCAGCGCUGGCUACUCCCAUAUGGUCAAAGUCUGGGACUGCAACACAGGAAAGUGCAUGGAGACUCUGAAGGGCGCAUGGGACCUGGCAGAACGAGCCCCUGAAAGGACAGUGAGGGCAGCUGCACGCCACAGGCCCAAAGUAACCUUAACAGAGCACCCAACAGAUCCCUGUGACCAGGAUUGGUCACGGUCCCGCGCCGGGGCUGCCAAUAGCCGCAGGCAGGCCUGCCAAAGCCCCCAGGCCCCUAGUAACCACAACCAGGGCACGCCAGCCCACCUCUCCAGCACGGUUCGCUGA